UGGUGGGUAGUGGUGGUUCUGGCCACGCUCCCCUCCCUAGGGGCAGGCGGGGAGGCUCCUGAAGCCCCAUCGGAGUCGUGGACCCAGCUAUGGUUCUUCCGCUUUUUGGUGAAUGCUGCUGGUUAUGCCAGCUUUAUGGUGCCUGGCUACCUCCUGGUGCAGUACUUUAGACGGAAGAACUACCUGGAGACAGGUGUCCUAUCUGACCUGGGGUGUGCUGCAAGAAAGAGUGAUGACCCGCAGCUAUGGGGCCACAGCCACGACACCAGGUGAGCGCUUCACGGACUCGCAGUUCCUGGUGCUGAUGAACCGUGUGUUGGCAUUGAUGGUGGCCGGCCUCUACUGUGUACUCUGCAAGCAACCUCGACACGGGGCACCAAUGUACCGGUACUCCUUUGCCAGCCUGUCAAAUGUGCUUAGCAGCUGGUGCCAGUAUGAAGCUCUCAAGUUUGUCAGCUUCCCCACUCAGGUACUGGCCAAAGCCUCCAAGGUGAUCCCUGUCAUGCUGAUGGGAAAGCUGGUGUCUCGGCGCAGCUACGAACACUGGGAAUACCUGACAGCUGGCCUCAUCUCCAUUGGAGUUAGCAUGUUCCUGCUGUCCAGUGGACCAGAGCCCCGUAGCUCCCCAGCCACCACACUGUCAGGCCUUAUCCUACUAGCAGGCUACGUUGCUUUUGACAGCUUCACCUCAAACUGGCAGGAUGCCCUGUUUGCUUACAAAAUGUCAUCAGUGCAGAUGAUGUUUGGGGUCAACUUCUUCUCUUGCCUCUUCACAGUGGGCUCACUGCUGGAGCAGGGAGCCCUCCUGGAGGGGACCCGCUUCAUGGGACGACACAGUGAGUUUGCAGCCCAUGCCCUGCUGCUCUCAGUCUGCUCAGCCUGUGGCCAGCUCUUCAUCUUCUACACCAUCGGGCAGUUUGGGGCUGCUGUCUUCACCAUUAUCAUGACCCUCCGCCAGGCUUUUGCCAUCCUCCUCUCCUGCCUCCUCUAUGGCCACACUGUCACUGUUGUGGGAGGGUUGGGUGUGGCAGUGGUCUUUGCUGCCCUCCUUCUUCGAGUCUAUGCCCGGGGUCGCCUAAAGCAACGCGGAAAGAAGGCUGUGCCCAUUGAGUCCCCUGUGCAAAAGGUUUGAUGGGGUGGAGGGAUCAGAAGGGUGACGUGAAAUAGGACCCACAUGGGUUUUCCACUCCUAUGUAACUUCUCAGAGGUGGCUGGCUCAAGGGCAAAAUGCCUGUUUUUUCUAGUUACCACAUCCAGCUUUGUGCAGCUGGGGGUGAAAAGCCCAGGAAGCAGCCUUCUCCUUUGCCUUAAGUCAUCCAUCCUCUGGCAGGCAAGUUUCUCCUCAGCCCUGGGAUAGA